AACGCAAAAGAACUAUUUAAAGACGCUAAUGUAAAAAGUGUUGAUAUCAUUAUACCAGUUAAACGUUAUUUUCAUAGUGAUAGUAAUCAAAACUUCUUAACAUAUCUCUAUGACAUGAUAGCAAGAUGCCACAUGCCACAUUAGAAAUAUGUCUAAAUUGUAAAAUAAAUAACCAAAAAUAUGUUAAAACACAAAUAAACUAAAUAUUCAUUUACAAAAAGGGGGAAAUUGUAAAGUAGUUGAACAGAAUGGAACCUAGGAUAGAGGAACAAUGAUUAGGGCGUUCUCAAAUGGUGUUCUCUCACGAAGUCUGCUGAGCCAAGCGUUGAUCAACACACGGGCGCCUAUACGUUGUAGGAAGCCCUCACCUUGUGACACGUGCCUCUUUCCUCAAGACAAGAGACCAUGUUUCGACAUCGCCAAUGUGGUGGUGGAUCGCGGCAACCAGUGCCACGCGAAGUUCAUCAGGUCCUUCCUGUACAACCACUUCUGGCCGCGCGAGCCCAGCGUGGUGGGCUUGUGGAUGAGUCUCAACUCACAGUACUUGGAUGUACUCACCGACAAGUAUGCUCAUUCAGGAGACAGAUUCAUAGCCUACGAGAAGAUCGCCCGAACCGGCGAGCGCAAGAUGAUAGGAGUGCUGGUCGCCAACAAGCUGUUCCCGUGGCAUGCUGAUGAGCUGGAGGAGUGGGCUCACUUCACCCCCUCGAAGCCCGAGCGACACCGCAUGUACUUCACCGCCCAUUGCAUCAAGAGUCCUAAUCUAUUCAAGAAAUAUAAUGUGGACUUCAUUUAUGAUGUAGAAGUGCUGACCACAGCGUCCGAAGUAACGGCGCAAGGGGUCGGCACUCUCCUGCUGCAAAAUGCGCUCCUUCAAGCCUACGAGCUGCGUUAUCCGCUGGUGCAGGUUGUCGCUUCCAGCCAAUACACCGCAAGAAUCUGCGAGAAGUGUGGCAUGAAGCGGGAGUGGGAAAUGGACUACACAGAUUUUGUGGACGUCUACGGCCAGCGCGUGUUCUUCCCCCGUAGGCCUCACCACACUGUCGCUAUCUACGUCAAAUACAAGGACCCCAAGAUCGGAGCCAUCGUCCCGUGCAAACCCCAAUUAACUUAACAAUUUCUCGUAGAUACAAACAGUAUUAUGUCAAACCGUAGUUUGUAAAUUGGCUGUGUUUCACUGAUAACUUAAUUGAGCGUAUAUUAUAUACACUUCAGUUAAAGCUAUGAUUAGAAAUUGUUUAUAAGCAAUGCACUAUCUACCAUUUAUUGAAACUUCGGUGUAGGAUUGGAGCGAAUCCACGAAUGAGAAUUUGAGUGAUUUUUCCUUGAACGAUAUUGACAAGUCAAGCCAAAAACACGUUAUACAUGAGUUGAUGUGUCAAAC